UCUGGCGAUCAGUCGCGUCAAAAUUUUUAGUGGAAUUAACUGUGAUAUAAUUUGAAAAAAUGCUCCGCAGGGGAAAUUCAAUUCUCAUAACGUUCGGCAGGCGCAAUUAUUUUUCAACGAUAAAAACAAUAAAUCAUGGUAAAUUAAUAAAAAAACCGAUCGUCUGGAGGAUUGCGAAAAGUGAAAUGGGACAGGCUGAACCGACCAAGAUUGCUGUGCCAUACUUCGCCAAUCGUGAAUUAAAUUUGGAUCUAUUGAAGGUAGAGACCGGGGAUAAUCAUAACAAUGGGUUCUCUUCAAUUUUGAAUAGAAGAACGUAUACGAGACAAAAAACAACAAGUAACGGAGAAAAAAUAGGGUCCAAUGAGCUGGUGGUGUCGCCAGUUGAGCCCCAGGUGGAUUUAUCCAUGACGCCCAUCGACAGGACAUGGAACGACGAUUAUUUCCCUCAAGGUGAUGCCUACGAGGAGUCAACAGAGCUAGAUGAUACCGACAGAAAGUUAAAGGCCGAAGACUUGGAUAAAUCAAAGGUGUCCAAUGAGGAUUGACAUGACAAAUGAUCACGGGAAAAUUACACCUGGGCGAUUCAGAUUGCGGCGAGGGUGGGCCCAAUAGACCGACGAGGGGCCCCUGCGAUCCCCCUGAGGGCCCAUGCGAGCCCAUGAAAAAACCUGGCUAUCCAGGAAAACCGAGAGCCACUAGGGAGCCAUUCUGCGUCAAGUGCCCACCAAAGCGACCGUGCAAUUUAAACAAAUGCCCAACUGAGACUGAGGGUACGUCCUGGAGAUCGGCUUGUCAGCAAAUUGCAUUCAUACUUUGUUCUCAAUCACAGAGGAGCUGUAGACUCGGAGGCAUUCAUGUUAGAAAUUAUGGUACACUCAAAAGACCGAGGAUAAUUGGGGAUUUAAGGCCAUCUCAGGCGCCAGGACGAUUUAAGUCAGGAAAAGGCUGUGAUAAACCACCGGAGGCCUCAAAAUGUGAGGAUGAGGGAAAACCCAAGGAAAUAUCAUGCAGUACAAAUCAAUCUCCAGAUCCACCAGUCAAGGUUGUCUAUCAGAAAUGUCCCCCCUGUCCUAAAUUACCGAAAAUUCCCGAGUGUGUUCCACCGGCUCCUACCUGUGAGAUCAAAUGUCCGCCUCUACCAAAGUGUCCAAAAUGCCCGCCGUGUCCACCUCCUGAAGACUCCAAGGACAAGUGUGCACCGGUUAAAUCAUCUAAAGGAGCAGCUUGCACCUCCACAGGAAAAUCCGCCAAGGGACUCUGGGAUAAAUUAACUGGAUUCAUGAAAAAACGAAAAAUGUCGACUUCCAGUGGCGCUGACAACUGGAAAUCCAGCAAAUGUCAAACAGUCACUGAUAUUUGCUCUAAUAAUUCGGAGAAGAAAGAGCCAUCGCCACCUCCAUGUCCGAAAAAUCGGAGAACAAGUUGUUAUCCUGAUACCGUGAAGUGCCCCGAGUUGGAGGAAACCCCGGAGAUAAAAGUCGAGCCAUUCGUCGAGGAAAAAAUCGAUUACUCGAAGUUCACCUGUCCACCACCGAAGUUCGAGAGACUUGAGGUUUGUCCAUCAUCGGAUAUUAAUUCGAGUAUAAAUUCUACCCGUGAGGAGACCAUUUCUUUAUUAAUGGGACUUCCGGGACCUCCUUCUGAACCUGUUACCCUCUGUCCCUGUCCUCCACCUGCUAAACUCCAUCCAGGUGCUUGUCCCUGUGCACCAGAAGUCACUAAUACCAAGAAACCAACACCCACUGAACCCUGUCCCUUGAAACCACUGCAUCCCUGUCCCGAUAAACGAGUAUUUUAUUGUCCACCUCAACCAUCUGCAUCUUCUCAACGGAAAAAAGCAUGAGUCAAUAAAAAAUAAUGGGGAAAAA